UUGAACCCAAUCUCUGACGGAGAUCAGAGUAGUAUCGCCCCGGCGGACAGUUGCAGCAGCCUUCUGGCUCGGAUAUUUUUUUCAUUUUCUGGAUUUUACACAUCACAGAAAAAAAAAAAACUGGGAUGCCUUCGAAUAAAAAUCUUCAAGGAGGGAAAGCCUUUGGGCUGUUAAAGGAGCAGCAAAGGCACAAAUUGGAGGAGAUAAAUAAGGAAUACAUGGAAGACCAGAAGUACAGGGAUGAAGAGGACCUGCCGGAUAAAUUGGAAGGCCUCAAAAAUAAAUACGCUGAGUUUGACCUGAAUGACCAAGAUGAGAUUGAUCUGAUGGGCCUGAAGCGCAUGAUGGAGAAGCUGGGGGUGCCGAAGACCCACCUGGAGUUGAAAAAGAUGAUUGUGGAGGUGACGGGCGGCAGCAGCAACACCAUCAACUACAGGGACUUUGUCAAGAUGAUGCUUGGCAAGCGCUCAGCUGUGCUCAAACUAGUCUUGGUCUUUGAGGACAAAGCCAACGGCGCUUCCUGCAAACCAGAUGGACCCCCUCCAAAGCGGGACAUUUCCAGCCUACCUUAAGAUGAGAUGUUAGCCUCCAGACUUCACGUGGAGCAGAGGGACCAUCAGUGGAUACGUCUUAAAAAAAAAAGAAAUUGAGUCGUUCUUUUAACAUGUGGAGUGUCGUAUUAGUGUGGGACCAGUGAUAAAGGAUGUUAUUUUGUGAUAUACAAGGUGUCUGUUAUUUGGAAGACGGAGCCGACAACUCACUAGAUAAAGUGUGACUGUGAAUAUUAUGAUUCAUGUUUAUUUCCUUAACUCAAAUGUAGCAUUGAUAGGUGUGUACACGUAAGCCGCUUGAUAGGUGAACAUUUGUAGUUGGUGUUUUUAUGGUCGUUAUGAAGGGAAGACUCAAUUUUCAGGAGUUUUUUAUUUUAUUUUAUUUUCAAUUCUUGUUCAUUUUGUUCCAGUUUGGGACAAGUUAAUAUCAACAAUGUUGAGCGUAUGACGCUUUGAAAAAGAAAAGGUUUUCCAACACACUUCUGCACUGUCCUCAGCGGUCUUGGAUGGAUUCCUGUCAGGUUUAGUCUUGGUCCGCUUCACGCUUCAGAUGUGUCGCCAGAGAUUAAAGGCCCCAGCCCUUUUCCUCUGGGUCAAAGUCGUCGACCCUUUUCGGAGUGGGUGCACUGAUCUGGAAUCAGUAACAAGGUUAUCACAGCCAACAUGAGGUCUCAGAAAGAAAAGAAAAAAACACAUGACUGAACUGCUAUGCAUUUUACAAAGUCAUUCACACUAUGAGAGGAGAAUUAGAGAUCAUGUCAACUAUGGGACUUGAAGUUUCAGUGCGUGGCUUGACAGCGAAUCGGACUUAGUUUUUGAUCUGUACGGCUGAGCACAUGUUAGUUUUGGAAGGAGUGUGAUUUAAAGGCACACAAGCAUAACAAAUGUACAUAAUAUAUUACACACAGUACAAUCAUGUUCUUUCCAAGUGCCUCAACAUGCGGAUACUGUAGAGCUUAAACACGCAGAUUGAAG